UGCACUCACUCACUCAUACAGAGAAAGGUUGUCGGUUGUGGUGGUUGAAAUUUCAAUUCGCUCUCGCGGAGUUGUAUGAAGCUGCUCUUGAAAGUGUUGUUUACCCAGAAAACGGACAAUUUAAAUGAAGAAUAAAAUAUAAAAAAUAAAUAGAAGUAUAGUGAAAGCCAUGAGUUCUGAAAUACGGUUAAUAUAAUAAAGAAAUUCUCAGUGCAAGUUGGUGGGCUCCUCGAUUCUCGUCGCGAGUGCCUUAUUCGUACGAGAUUCCUUAGUGCUUGAUACGGUUUUGGUUUACAUACGUACAUAUGUAUAUACAUAUAUACACACAUUUUUACAAAUCCAGUUCUCGUUUUGUUGUGUAUGGCUGUAUGAGUGAGCAUACAUAUAUGUAUCUCGAAGUGGCAAUCAUUAAAUGCACAUAGCUUCCAAACAAAAGAAGAAAUGUAUAUUUUGGAAAGAUAACAAGUAAAAAAAAUCAAGGAAGAUUAAAAAGCUGCUAAAUUUAACAAGAACCCAAUAUGGAAUUCAAACCAAAUUCUGAUGUAAAAUACGGUAGCAAUACCAAUUGAUCACCUCAAACUUUUACUCUAAAAAAUAAAUUAAAAGUUUUAUCAUUAGGCGCAAAACAAUAUAACCAUCCUUAAAAAUGGAAUUCAUCAUAAAAAUGCACUGCCUAUUGUGGAUUGCAUAUUCGAAUUGUGUUUUUCUGAUGGCGCCACGGGCUUAUGCUGCAGCUGGAUCUCAAGGUGUGCCUACAUGGAUGUGUCUGGGGCUAAGAUCGCCUUUUAUUGAAUUUGGAAGUCAAGACGAACAGCUGGCUAAUACAAGUAUUCCUCUUAAUAUCACUAAAGAUGAACAAGCAUAUAUGCACCAAGAGGGCCUGCGUAAGCUUGGAACUUUUAUAAAACCUGUAGAUUUGCGAGACUCUCAGACUGGAUUUGUAAAAACAGAUCUCACUAAAAGACUGACAAACGAUCCCCAAAGAUCUCGCCGCAUACAUCCAAUACAGGAAGAAAUGGAUCAAAAACAAAUUGUACUUCUUGACGAUGAUACCGAUGAAAAUGGUCUGCCUGCUAGCCUAACUGAUGAGGACCGCAAGUUUAUAGUACCAAUGGCACUAAAGAAUGCAUCACCUGAUCCAGGGUGGAUUGAUUCUGCCUCUUCCAGUCCCCAAGUUGUAAAAUCUACAUUCGCUUCUAAUACACAACGUCGAGCCACGCCAAUAGCACACAGCAGUAAAACGCCGAAACUAGAAGUGGACCCCACGUCCAAUAUAGACGAUUUAAAGAAGCAUAUAUUGUUCUUGCACAAUAUGACUAAAACAAAUACAAACUUUGAAUCGAAGUUUGUUAAAUUCCCAAGCUUGCAAAAAGACAAAGCAAAGCAGGCCGCUGGUUCACCAACGAACGUGAAACGCCCGCCUAGACCUGUAUUCCAAUAUGCUGCUCCGAUAGCCCCGCCGACACGCCAAGUUCCUCAGGGCGCACAUACUCCAGGUCAGCAGCCGUUUGGUGGUUACUACCAUAACAAUGAAGAUAUAAACAGUUUGUCGUCUUUUCUAAAACCAGUUUCUGAUACCAAUGCUUCUGCUAAAAGCGAUGGGGACCGAAACCUGGAAAAAAUGCACAAUCCUCCAGUACAUUUAUUGAAUGAGAUUCAGUCAACGACUUGGUCGACCACUGAAGAGAUAGUGCCCACUAUAGUAAGCUCAGAGAAUUUACAACCCGCACGCACAACGAAACGACCAGCUUGUCUUCGUAAUCCAGAAUCGCCAAAAUGUGUUCGUCAGAGGCGACGCGAAGAGCAACAACGCCAGCGUGAGCGGGAUGAGUGGUUUAGAGGUCAAUCAGAAUACAUACAACCUCGAUUUCAACCUAUCAUCCAAACGAUCAAUAAUACCAGGCGUUUCGCUGUUUCUAUUGAGAUCCCGGACUCUUUUAGAGUACUUACCGCUUUGAAUUCCCCCUCCGACGAAAGAAAGGAGGAACAACUGAAGCGUAUGAAGCGUUCGCAGCCACGUGGUCAUAAACCCCUAAAAGAUUUGAUUGAAGGCUCUGUGGAAACGACUUUAGAUAAGCUGGCUCAUGAAACUGAUUAUUUCGAUCGGGAUGUUGUAAUGACGUCCGCAAAUGUCGCAAGUGGACACGAUUUUGUGAUCGCUAAGAUGACCGAAAACGGAUCAGUAUCGCCUAAUGAACCGUACAAUGAGACAACAUCAAGACUUAAUGUGUACUCUGAAAAAGUAAACCUAAAUCCAAAUAGUUGUUAUAAAAUCAAUGGCUUAAGCUACGGGCAAAAAAAACAAUGUGUGAAGCAUACUAGUGUUAUGCCAGCGAUUAGCCGUGGUGCUCGUGCAGCUAUUCAAGAGUGCCAAUUUCAAUUUAAAAGCCGCCGCUGGAACUGCAGUACAACUGACGACGAAACAGUUUUUGGUCCUAUGACACGUUUGGCGGCACCAGAAAUGGCAUUUAUUCAUGCACUUGCAGCAGCAACAGUGACUAGCUUUAUAGCACGAGCGUGUCGAGAUGGCCAGUUAGCGUCAUGUGGUUGCUCGCGUGGGAAUCGGCCUAAACAGCUUAAUGACGAUUGGACAUGGGGAGGUUGUGGUGACAAUCUGGAGUACGCUUAUAAAUUUGCUACUGAUUUCAUUGAUGUGAGGGAAAAAGAGGCUCACCGUGAAACUCGCGGCGUUCGCAAACGGGCUCGGGAAUUUACACAAAGCCAAAUGCAGAGCAAACAAAUGCAGGCUGACGAUAUCGAAACCUUUGGAACGUCAACAUUAAAAAUGUCAAAUUUAACGAGUUUGAUUGAUGCAAAAAAUGGCACUGUCGAGAACGUGUCUAAAGAACUCAGGAAAAAGCCGAGUGGAAAAAAUAGUUAUUUACGUAACGACCUUGUGGUAACAGCAACUCAAUUAAACCUUAAAAAAAAUGAGGAUAGUGGACUAGGGCUACCAGACGACCUAUUCGAGCUCCAGCAACGUAUUACAAAAGAAAUACUUAAUUCGAAACUGGAGGGAAGGGAAAUGCUGGUAUUGCAGGAAAAAAUUAAUCGAGAGAUAUUAAACUCGAAAAUUUUUCAAGCAGACGAUAAAAGCAAUCGGCGUAAACGGAAGCGGAAAAAUCAACGGGCGGUAGUCGAAGACGCGCCUAGUGCUGGUAGCAUUGACAGAGGAAAUUAUGUGGAUGGAGUGGAUACUCGAACCACAACAACUACCAAGGCUCGAAGCCUAAUGAAUUUACAUAACAAUGAAGCAGGUCGUCGGGCUGUCAUUAAAAAAACUCGAAUUACUUGCAAGUGUCAUGGAGUCUCUGGAUCAUGCAGUUUAAUUACUUGCUGGCAGCAAUUAUCAUCUAUAAGAGAAAUUGGUAACUUAUUUUCCUACGAGGAGGGACGUGUGAGACGCUUUUUACGAGUCAAUACUUUUUUUUUUUUUCAAAUUUUACACUUUACCUUAUUUCUACAAAAAAUUCAUUUGCUGUGUUUACCCCCCACCCUGUCCAGCAGUUUUGCUUAGUUUUUGCACAUUCCA